UUCUCUUAAUUUGAAAACUAAAUUCUUGAGAAAUUUAUUAAUAUCGAACACUGCAAGAUCUUCACCCUUCGAUCUCCCCUGAUCUGAAGGGAAUAUCCGAUGUUCUUAUCUAUUUCUAUAUUAUUUAUUUCUUAAUUGUUUCUGUAGAUAAGAUCAGUGAAACUCAUUCUCUUUUUAUUCCCUGGUUCUCGGGACAUAAUUAUCCACGAGUCAGAAAGGAGGUUUAAAAACCUAUUGCAAAAUCAGUCUUCAACUUCACUUCUUGCAUCUUCUUGCGCAUCUUCAGAUCUCUUUCUCUAGCUUCUUUCUUUGCUUUCUCUUUUAUGGAGUUUUUAACAGAAACACUAGGGAAGAGAGUCCAUGAUCCUUUUAUGGAGGAAUCAAGAUGUUUAUUCAUCCACGAGCCAAUCAUUGUUGGUUCUGGACCAUCUGGGCUGGCAGUGGCGGCCUGUCUGAAGUCUAGAGACAUGUCUAGUUUAAUUCUAGAACGUUCUAAUUGCAUUGCCUCAUUAUGGCAACUCAAAACAUAUGAUCGUCUCCGGCUUCAUCUCCCUAAACAAUUCUGUGAGCUUCCUUUAAUGCCUUUCCCUUCAUGCUACCCUACAUACCCUACAAAGCAGCAGUUCGUAGAAUACCUUGAAUCCUAUACCGAACACUUCGGCUUAAAGCCUGUUUUCAACCAAACAGUGGAAGAGGCGAAGUUCGAUAGACAGUGCGGUUUAUGGAGGGUGAGGACUGCCGGAAGAAAAAAUGAGGAGACAUCGGAGUAUAUUUCUCGGUGGCUUGUUGUGGCGACAGGGGAAAAUGCGGAGGAGGUCAUUCCGGACAUUGAUGGAAUAGUUAGUUUCGGUGGCCCAAUCCUCCACACAAGCUCUUAUAAGAGUGGUGAAAUGUUUGGAAAGAAGAAGGUUUUGGUCGUGGGAUGUGGAAAUUCCGGCAUGGAAGUGUGCUUAGAUCUUUGCAACUUCAAUGCUCAUCCUUGCCUUGUGGUUCGUGACUCGGUGCACAUAUUACCUCAAGAAAUGCUUGGUAUAUCAACUUUUGGAAUAUCCACGAGCCUGUUAAAGUGGUUUCCAGUGCAAGUGGUUGACCGGUUCUUGUUAAGUAUGUCUCGACUAGUUCUUGGAGAUACGGAUCGAUUGGGACUUAUUCGGCCAAAACUAGGUCCUCUUGAACGAAAGAUCAAAUGCGGAAAGACUCCUGUUUUGGACGUUGGCACACUCGCCAAAAUCCGAAGUGGACACAUCAAGGUGUACCCGGAGUUGAAACGGGUAAUACAACAUUCGGCAGAGUUUGUUGAUGGGAGCGUGGAUAACUUCGAUGCCAUUAUACUCGCUACGGGUUACAAAAGCAAUGUACCCAUGUGGCUAAAGGGAAUGGACAUGUUUUUUGAGAAAGAUGGAUUCCCGCGACAAUCUUUUCCUAAUGGAUGGAAAGGCGACAGAGGUCUGUAUGCAGUUGGUUUCACAAGGCUCGGGUUGCUUGGUGCAGCCAUUGAUGCUAAGAAGAUUGCUGAUGAUAUUGUUCAACAAAAUAAAGUAUCAUUUUCUCGUCCCCAGCAUUGUUAGUGAGAGCUCUGGGUAUCGAUUUGGCAAGUUUGGAUUACCUUUAUUAUAAAAGAAGAGGUAGUAGUGUAGUGCAUGUAAGAUUCCUAACUCUUUAAUUGUGACAUAUGAGAGUUAGAAACAAGAGUUAGGUCAACGAUUUUUGGAUGGAGAAAUUAGAUCAUGGUCCACCUCUAUGUAUAUAUACAUCUGGUUUUAUGUAUAUUUGAUGUUUAAAUAAGCUAAAUAUUUCAA